AUGGUGUCUGUAGUAAAAGGCUGCAUCCCAACAAUGGGAACAGAAUCAUGGAAAAACCGAUCAUUUCGAGUGCUGACGUUAGGUAAAAAUGUUGUAGGUACUUCCGAUAGAAACUGUGACAUCAGGCGUUCAGUUGACAUUGUGCCACAAAUUCGGGAUGUGACGGUGACACAGUGCAAUGAGGAAAUCCGAAAUUAUACCAGGGAGGUCAGGGUUGUGGUUUCUAAGCUCAGGGAAAGUUUGAUUGAGACGAACGAAGAAGUGAAAGCUUUAGUGAGAGGGAAGGAGGCAUUGGAACGAACUUUGGAGCAUACGAGAAAAGAUCUACAACUGAAUAAAGACUCGAAAUUUGUCCGUUUAACAAGACCACCAGCGGAAAAGGAACAUGAUGGCGUCGAUGACCUUCUAGAGGCCGAGUACGCCCACCUUGUAAACAGCAAGAGGUCCCUGGAGGUUCAGCUGAAGACAGCCCAGCAACACUUGCAAUGCCUAGACCAGAGCAGACAAAGGACGAUCACAUGCCUGCAAGAGCGCUCUCGGGUCUUGGACCUCAUCUGUCACGCCCUUUCAGCGGUUCUCCAGCCCGAGAGGGAUAUUCUCAAUCUGAAGCCUAACCGAAGCCAGGUGGAAGGUAGAACGUCUAUGGUAGACCCGGGCAGCCUGGGGUCUGUAAAACCUGACACACUGAGUCCCUACACUCUGGAAGUACACAACGUGCUGACAGAGGCCACCGACUUACGUAACCAAUCAGCUUACCUCCGCCGUGACAUUAGAUGCACCAUCGAUCGCAUUGAUACGCUGAAACAGACAGCCCACAACAAAGUCAACCAGGGACUCACACAGAAAGUUGCAGAGACUGUUACCUUGAAGCAAUACCUCAACUUGGGUCUGGGUGAGACCCGGCAUGCCUUGCACCGAGCCCAGCGUUGGUACGAUGCAACAGAGAAGGCACAUGGCUACACGCUGGGACCUGUCUGCUACUCGGAUCUCACGACCAGAGAGCACCUCGACCGACCUCUGGUGACGGUCUACCAGAGGCACACAGGGACACAACUUCCUGAGGCUCAAGUGCUUGUCAAGGCAGGCACCAGUCUAAACCAGUCCCUUGUGACCACCAGUAAAAAUAUCGGUUUGUUGAAGAUUGCCAGGAAGAAGCUGGGAGAGGACAAACGAAGCAAACGUGCCGCCAUAGAAGUGGACAGUAGCGUCAUACACAUGCGCCGACGGAAGGCCGACCAUCGGUGGUGUCUGGGGACUGCAUUUUGA